AUGGGAUUCACAUUGAGCACCAAAGACUUCGUUACAGCUAAUGCGUCCGAACAUGAUCAGAUCAAAAAGGUUCUAGAGCCGUUCCGACAGAUCUUCAUGAUUAUACUAGAGAACGCGGAAAACGAUUGCGUAAGUCAUUUCACAAUAGACCGGACUUACAACCCCGCGAUUAUCACUCUUCACCCUGCCAAUGGAAAUGACUUUAGUGUUAGCGCAAAGAGUCGUGCAGCCUUUCCGCCGAGCAUUCCUUACGAUAUGCAAACAGCGAUCUUGAAGUUCAACCAGUGUGACCUGAGCGUUCUCAGUUUCUUGUGUUGGACACGCGAUGCGCUUCGGCCAACUGGUGCUACAGUAGAUUGGCUAAUGAUCGUUUCUGUCCGACCUCUUUCCAUACUUCACUAUUCUGACGAAGAGCCCGUAACGAGGAAUGCCCGUCAUUCGGUACUCGCAAUCACCACUGCGAGUCGCGAACAGUAUAUCGCGGACUUCACGCUUGAACAGUUCGGAUAUCCGGCCGGACUUUGGUUUCUUGAAAGAGCAGAAUAUUUUACACGCUUUGUAGAGGCAGGAGCCAGUUGGCGCAUUGCUACCGCGGAGGACAUGGACGACGCGCAUUGUGAUAUUGCAGAGUGUGAUAUUCAGCAACCCAUUAGGACCUGUAUUGAUGCUGUUUGCAAGGAAAUCAAUUGGCCGAGUUAUUACAAGCUUUCGGCUGAAGACCGCAUACCCUGGCUGGAAGCUCGUACUCGAGAAACCAUGGGUAGGCUUGAAGCAGAAGAGGAAUUGGACUCAACACUAGAGGCCGCUUAG